AAUUUGCUUUAAUGAGGCCGGGAUUUCACCCGAGGUGUGGAAGGGCUUAAAAAUUAGCAUUGUUUCCAAAAACAGCUGCUCUGCCCCUCUUCUGCCAGGGAAACAAGUUGCAGGGAUGCAGUGCUGAUUCAGAGGUGCGGGUGAGUCAGAGCUGGAGCUGUCAGUGUGUAACUCACCGUGAUCAGCUGCAGCUUCAGGAUCCAGGGAUUACCCCACAAAUGCGAUGGACAGCGCUCAGCCCGGCCCUCCCCCUACCCCCUUUCAGGAAAAAGAAGCUCACCUUACGUUAAUGGAGCUUUUCAAAUAGUUCAUCAGGUGGCAGAGCGUGUGGAGGCACUGGGGCAGUUUGUGAUGAAGACCAGGAGGACCCUGAAGGGCCAUGGAAACAAAGUUCUCUGCAUGGACUGGUGCAAAGACAAGAGAAGAAUUGUGAGCUCUUCCCAGGAUGGGAAGGUGAUCGUGUGGGAUUCCUUCACUACCAACAAAGAACACGCCGUGACGAUGCCCUGUACCUGGGUGAUGGCAUGUGCCUAUGCCCCUUCUGGAUGUGCCAUUGCUUGUGGUGGCCUGGACAACAAGUGUUCUGUGUACCCUCUGACAUUUGAAAAAAAUGAAAAUAUGGCUGCAAAGAAGAAAUCUGUUGCAAUGCACACGAACUACUUGUCUGCCUGCAGCUUCACUAACUCAGACAUGCAGAUCCUGACAGCAAGUGGAGAUGGAACUUGUGCUCUAUGGGAUGUUGAGAGUGGGCAGCUUCUACAAAGUUUCCACGGUCAUGGAGCUGAUGUCCUGUGCCUGGACCUAGCCCCUUCUGAAACGGGAAAUACAUUUGUCUCUGGGGGAUGUGACAAGAAAGCCAUGGUUUGGGACAUGCGGUCUGGACAGUGUGUGCAGUCAUUUGAAACCCACGAUUCAGAUAUCAACAGUGUCAGAUAUUAUCCAAGUGGAGAUGCUUUUGCCUCUGGUUCAGACGAUGCCACGUGUCGUUUAUAUGACCUUCGUGCAGACAGAGAAGUAGCAAUUUAUUCCAAAGAGAGCAUCAUUUUUGGAGCAUCCAGUGUGGACUUCUCUCUCAGUGGUCGCCUGCUGUUCGCAGGCUAUAACGAUUACACCAUCAAUGUGUGGGAUGUGCUGAAGGGCUCCCGUGUGUCCAUUCUGUUCGGACAUGAAAACCGUGUCAGCACGCUGCGGGUCUCUCCCGACGGGACCGCCUUCUGCUCGGGCUCCUGGGACCACACUCUCCGAAUCUGGGCGUAACCUGAGAUCCCGUAUGCAGAAUCAAAUGAAGACUGAAACCCUGGACUACAAAAACUGCAUAAAGAAGCCAUUCCUCAAAAUCAAAUAUUCACUACAGUCCAAAAGAGUGACACUCAACCCACAGAUUAACACAACUAGGUAGAAAAUGUAGUCUGCUUGAACACGUAGCAAACAUCAACUUGUAGUAAAAUGAAAUGUUUUAAUUUUUUUUUUGAAACUAUAUUCUUUUAUUAGAAUUAGUUUCAUUAUUUAUAAAGGGACUUUUCUCCAAAGUCACCUGUAUCAUAGGAUUGAGUAUUUCAGUGCACAUUAUGUAUUUAUUUGCAUGAAUUUAGUUCCUUUUUAAAGUUAAAAAAAAUGUCCUGAUUUUAUCGGGAUAUAGCGAAAGGCUUUGGAAACAUUCCGUAGUAGCAUAUUGAAUUUCAGUGUUGAAAAAUGGAAAGAGAAACAAUUCUGAUACUUUAUGAUGGUGUUAUGGAUGACUGAACCUUGGUGGUAAGUAGAGGAGCAAAGGACCUACUGUGAAGGUACUGGCUGCUGUCAUAGAAAUGUAUUUUUUGUACAGAAAAAAAAUCCCUUCAAUCCCUGUUUUUUCCUACUGUCUUUUUAGAUAGAAAUAAGUAUUUCGUCUCUGUUACCUGAAUAUAAAGAAUCUAAAUAUAUACAAACUUAUAAACAGCAAAGAGGAGGGAUAUAAACAUGAUUUACAUAAUCAUGAGGUAAUACUUAACCAGUAGUUUCUUAGAAAUUUUUAAUUGUAUCACUUGGUGAGUGAAUUUUCUUUUACUUAAAGAAAUACUACAUGCUAAGCACUAAGGGAUACUACACGCUAAGCAUUAAGCACCAUUAUACUGAUGGUCAAAUCUUUUCCAAGUCAGUCAGAGUCAUUCUAUGACCAUGAUUCUUAUUUGCAUUUUGAGCAGUUCAUACAACUUUGGCAAGGCAAUGUAGCUUAAAUGUAUUUUAAAGCAGUAUAUGCCCAUCUUAAGGUCCUUCUGCAAUGUCAGAGCAGUUGUAAGUUCAUGUGAAUACAGGUGAAAUCAUACAGUCCUUACUGUCACAGUCAUCUCCCACUGCCAUGGACAUGGUUUUGUCAUAGUUGGACUUGAGAGUGAAUAACAGUGAGCUGUUGAAAAUCUGCUGUGAGCCACAGUCCUGCCAGUGCUUGAUCCUGUGCUGACCAGAGCAUGUGACUCCAUCUGAUCCAGGAGUCACUGGUUUUCAGGAGAGCAGGACAGCUGGCCACACUGCUGGCAGCACCCAGCUCUCUGUGUGAGCAUGGGAAUGCCAUAAGGACUGGCAGGACCACCCCACACAGAAGUGAUGCUCUAGAAUCAAGAUUUAAUCAGAUUAAUUAAUUAUGGAACCAUUGUGAGAUUAUAUCUCCAUUCAUACAUGGAAAACUGUUGGGACCAGAGUGUGUCAGCUCUGCUCAUACCAACAGGUUCUGAGUCACACCUGAGCCAGGCACGAAGAGCUGGAGGAAUGCUGGGGGCUUGCACAGCCUGCCCUUUGAAAUGCAGGUGGUGAGGUACAGCCCUGAAUAUAGCAUAUUUAUAUGAUUUAUAUUUAGAUUGGAACAAGAGAAAACAAGCUUACUGGAAUGAACCUGUUUACAAGCUCACUGGUCACUGGAGUUUUAUGAUAACAUCCUCAUUCUAUUUGCAAGUGGUAUUUUUUAUAAUGAUAUAAAAAUCAUAUUAGAAACAAAGUCUCCUCAUCCAUGAAAACCUUAGGUUCUGUGAAUCCAUAACCAGUUUACCUAAGACACUGACAUUUAUACCAGCCUUCCAUCCCUAAUGGAAUAGGUCAGCUGUUUUCACUUGGAAAAGUCAACUCUGAUGCUUUGCAAUAUUUGUGGCAAACUAUCCCUGUAACAAACUGAAUGCACUAUGGAAAUGUCAUAUAGAACUCACUGUGCAAUAUUGAGUCAAUACACUGUACACAUUUGAUCAAAAGAUUAAUAUUAAUGUUUAGGUAGUAUUUAUUGGCAAGAUGUUUGUUUCAAACAUAAUACAUUGUGUUGAUACUUAUGAACAGCCUAAAUACAAUAAAUUGUAUUUUACAUAUUGAGAA